UCCCAAGGAGCGCAAGUGAUCGCGACCCACUUUACAGAUGAGACUUUUGCCCCAGGCAAGCAGGGAGGAGGGUGACGACGUCCUCUUUAACUCCCCAAACCACAGUCCGUUCUGGGAGGGGCAGAGGGAUCGCACCGCCCCCUGAGCGCUGAGCAAACCGAAAAUCCAUUUCCGAAAUUUGGAACCCUGCGGAGGGUCUUCGGCGAGCGGGGGAAUUUGCAGACGCUCCCUGCGCGCGGGCGCCGCACGACUUGCCCUUCACUCGGGCACUUCCAGUUGGGACCGACCGGCGCGCUAGAGGAGCCCGAGUGGCCUGCCCCGCGGCGGGAAGUAGGUGCCAUGCCUGAGCCGCCGCCGCGGGCCGCUGAGCGUGACCUCUACCGGGACACCUGGGUGCGGUACCUGGGCUAUGCCAAUGAAGUGGGCGAGGCUUUUCGCUCUCUGGUGCCUGCAGCUGUGGUGUGGCUGAGCUACGGGGUGGCCAGCUCUUAUGUGCUGGCUGAUGCUGUGGACAAGGGCAAGAAGGCAGGAGAGUCUGUACCCAUCUUGAACGUGGCAAGAGACAACCCCACCCUCAGCCCUGCAUGUGGUCUGGUCCAUCACCCCAGUCUUGUUUGUGGUAAGAGCCAGCCCUGCCCACCCCAGCCCUGCAUGUGGUCAGGUCUAUACCCCAAUUCUGUUUGUGGUAAGAAUCUCUACCCCACCCUGCAUGUAGUCUGGUUCAUACCCCAAUUCUGGUUGUGCUGAGUUCCCCCCUCCCCAGCCAGCUGUACAUGUGGUCUAGUCCAUAUCCCAAUCCUGCUUGUGCUUAGAGCCCCCCGCCCCAGCUGUACAUGUGGUCUAGUCUAUACCCCAAUCCUGCUUGUGCUAAAAGCCCCACCCCCGCCCCCAGCUGUAUAUGUGGUCUAGUCCAUACCCCAAUCCUGCUUGUGCUAAAGGCCCUCUCACCAGCCCUGCAUAUGGUCCUCAGGCCUGGCUGUAGCAGAGUCUCUUCUCAGCCUUGUGUCUAGUACGGUCCUUCCCCCGCCCUGCACGGAGUACAGUCCAGAGCCCCACACUAGUGCAGCUUGCUUUUCCCUUCCCUGGCCCAGCCUCAUGCUUCUUGCUCCAGAGUUCUCGGCCUCCAACCUAGCUGUGUUAAACGCAU